UAUAUAUUUGUGUAAAAAUGGCAAAAGUUCACUUUAAUUAGAACAUAGUUUGUGAAGUACCAGGGAUGGUAGUGGGGCAGGUGAAAUAAGAGACCCGUCCCAUCCUCGUCCAAGUGGGGCGGGGAUGAGUCUAGGUUUGGUGCGAAUGGGGCUGGAAUGGAGAUUAAAAUUGUACUUGUAAUGGGUAGUGGAGUGGGUGUGGAUUUUAUGCUAUACUCGCCCUAUCUCUGCCCGCCCCACUCCACCCCUGCUCACCCCACAUAUUUAUUAUCAAAAUUCUAUUUAUAUAUUUAUAUUAUUAAUAAUUUUAUCUUGCAAAAUAUAAAUUUGUGAGUAUAACGUGGGUACGAGUCAGGUGGUGGGAAGGGGAUGAGUUUAAAUACGUACCUGGUGGAGCAGGGAUGUGUCUUGCAAUGGGUGGUGGGGCGAGGAUGAAGAUGAGAAUUUUAUGCGGGUGCAGGUGCGGGUGUGGAGGUACCAUCCUCCGCCCCCACACCACCCAAUUGCCAUACCAGCUCUCAACUUGAAAGAUUCACUGUACAUCAGCCAAUGAUUACUACCAAGAUCACCCUCCUCUCUCCCAGUCUAAACAAAAAAAAUAGCAUAUUAUUGAGUGGGAAGCUUUAUCAUGUUUGAGUUUUGGCCUUUGGGAGAUCUGGUUUUUUGUGCUCCAAGAUCUCUGAUUUUCUUCGAAGGAUUCUUUGGUGAUUUUUUCGUGACAGCUCACUAAAUGCUGCAGAGUGAGAGAAAAUCAGUGAGUUAAUAUAAGACUAUAAGAGUGAAAAUACAGAGAGUUCUUAGUUUCGGUCAUUUUGGAGUCUGAUUUUGCUCAAAAUUUUGUGAGCUUCGUUUGUUGGCUGUGAUUGUCAUUUUGUUGCUUCAAUUAGUAACUUGCAGUUCCAGAUCCCAAGUCUAUAUGAAACCGGAGCAAUAAUGGCGGAAGAACUAAAGGAUGCAGCAGAUAGAGGAGAUGUAGAGUUCUUAAGAAACUGUGUUGCUUCAAACAAACCCAUUGAAUACUACUUAACUUUAUUCCCCAUGAUUCAACCUGGUGAUCGUCUUUUUGGCAACAUUUUUCACUUUGAAAACAGAGAAGAUUUCAUAAAAGGAGCUAUACGUACUUUACCACUUGAGGUCUCACAACAACUUCUUCUUCAACAACGUGAUGAAGACAUGUUUAAUCCUCUUCAUAAAGCAGCAGCUGUUUGUAACUUGGAGAAGAUUAAGAUGUUCUUAGCACUCUUCGGAGUACAUUUAUCGUCAUCGUUGUCGUUAUCGUUAUCGUCAUUAUCGUCAUCGUCGUCAUCUCAUAUUAAAAAACCUUGGUUACAGAAGACAGAUGAGGGACACACACCAUGCCAUGUAGCGCUUAUAAAUGGUAAAGAAAAGUGUGGAUUGGAAAUAUUGGAAAUAUUGGAAAUGGAUAUGGAGUUGCUUUGCAACAUUGAUCAAGAUGAUGACCGUGAUAGUAUGCUUUGUAUAGCUGUAAAAGGAGGGCUUAGUAAUUUUGCUUUGAAGAUGUUGAGGUCCACCUUUUCUUUCAGUUGUAGCGGUUAAAAUGGCUUCAAUGCUUUACAUUAUGUGCCAAGAUGCUCAGGUAUGGUCGUAUGGAUAUGUUUGGUAAAAUUAGUUGUUGUUGUUGACGGUUUUAUUCAAAAUGUCAAUUUUAUAAGAUUGCAAAUCUUUGAAUCCAGCUUAUGACUCGUCUAAUUUGUAUCUUUUUUCUUUAUAUCCAGAUCUAGUCCAGAUCCUACUCGUGAAUAUUUUUUUUAUUGUGGAAUAUAACAACAUAAUGUAUUAAUGUU